AUGAGUGGAUUAAAUAUCAAAGAGUUGAGGCAAAAAGGUAAAGAUCCCAUAUUUUGUCUGCAAGUGUCACCAGAAUUAUUGGAAGAAAUUGUUGAAUUACUAUUGAGUAGAAAGGAUAGAUGUGAUUCGGAAAGUAUUGAUUUGAUAGCGACAAUUUCAAAUAUUUUGCUUAUCAACAUAGGACUUCGCAAUAAACACUUUAUUCCAAACUAUUCUAUACGAUCAAUUGAAUUCGUGGACUAUUUUAUUAAUUCCGCCCUUUCAGAGAGUGAUGAGCCUAUCGAAUACGAUUUUAGUAGAUUGGUAGCGGUCUAUCGUAUGAUAUUCUUAAUAUUGUGCAAUGAAUUAAAUCAUAUGGACACAAGAACUAUUGCUACCAUCUAUUCUCUACUAAUCUUGGGGUUCGAAUUCUGCUUUAGUGUUUUUGGUAAGUACAAGAAAGACGAAGACUACCAAAGGGCAUUUGCAGAGAUUUUGAAAGGCCUAUAUACGUUUCAACAUAAACACGCCUAUGGAGAACAAUUGAAUAAAGAAAAUCGGUUAAUCAAUGAGGGCUUGUUACAUAGUUGCAUUAUUGUGACAAAUAGCAUGAUUGAAGGGGGAAAAAAUAUACGUUCAUUACUGGAUAGUGAAUUGUUGUUAACGAAAUAUCUCUUGAACUCUAUUCUUGGGUUAGUCACCCAUGAACAAAAUGUUAACAAAUUUCGUAUUAAGAAUGAUGUUAACAACAGUUCCUUUUUACGCAAUCUUAUGAUACUUAUAGAAUUCCAGUUAGAAAGGCAUUCUGAUAAAACAUAUACUGAUUUGACUGAUGUAAUGAACCUUUUGGUUAUAAUCAAUUUCAUUUCUAAUAGAAUUAUUUUACAAUAUAACGAAUCAGAUGCUAAUGAAGCUAGCUAUUUGAUAUGUUUCAUAUCAAUAUUUAUUGAAAAAUUAUUGCCUACGAAUGGUGAAAUUUCUAUUUAUAACAAGUUGAUGUCAUUAAUUUUGACUUCAAAUAACAAUCUGUCGAUAAGUGACAUUAACAUAGCCGAUAUGGCAAAUCUUUCAAAUAUCAAGAAUCUUAUUCUUGAAUGCAUUUAUAAUCUAUCUUGGGAUCCAGAAAUCAAAGACGAUGAACGUAUGAGCCAAUUUUUAAAUUUAGUAGGCUACAGAAAUGCUCGGGAGUUUAUAGUAGCCAACAAUCUACAUUUACUGCUGGAAAUUGAUACAAACACCUAUCAAUCUCCAAAUCCUCAAUAUUUGGAUAUGAACAAUAAAAAUUUUGAACAUGAAUUUUCCAAAGUUUCAUUAGACACGAUAUUUACUAAGGAUAAACCUACGAAUACCAAUAAUCUUAGUAACAAAGAAAAAGAAUUGGAAGCCGAAAAACUAUUUGUACUUUUCGAUAGAAUGGAAAAGAAUGGUGCUUUCCAAGGGUUUAAGAAUCCAGUAAGAGAAUGGCAACAACUGGGAAAGUUCGAAAAUUUACCAGACGGUGAUGACUGUUAA